AUGACACAGUCUAUAGUAGUGCAAGUUGGACAAUGCGGUAAUCAGAUUGGCUGUAGGUUCUGGGACCUGGCUCUUCGGGAGCAUGCAUCUGUGAACAAGAAAGGAAUUUACGAUGAAGCGCUGUGCAGUUUUUUCAGAAAUGUUGAUACAAGAGCUGAAGCUGGUGGAGCAGAUGCUCAGAGAGGCAAGAUAUGCUCCCUGAAAGCAAGAGCUGUCAUGAUAGAUAUGGAAGAAGGAGUAGUUAAUGAGAUUCUACAAGGGCCUCUUAGGGACUUAUUUGAUAGCAAGCAGCUCAUAACUGAUGUUUCAGGCUCAGGCAACAACUGGGCAGUUGGCCAUAAGCUGUAUGGGGGCCAGUAUCGUGAACAUAUAGUUGAGAAUCUGAGAAGAACUGCAGAACAAUGCGAUUGCCUUCAGUGUUUCUUUGUGAUACACUCUAUGGGAGGAGGGACAGGCUCUGGUUUAGGCACCUUUGUACUUAAUGUACUUGAGGAAGAAUUCCCUGAGGUCUAUAGGUUUGUUACCUCUGUAUAUCCUUCUGCAGAGGAUGAUGUCAUUACAUCUCCGUACAAUAGCGUAUUGGCAAUGAAAGAACUUACUGAACAUGCCGAUUGUGUACUGCCUAUAGAAAACCAGUCCUUAGUUGACAUAGUGAACAAAAUUAAUCAGAUGGCAAACACUGGAAAACUUGGAAACGUGAAGCCAAACAGUCUGGUUACUUCCAGCAAAGGGGGAGUCAAAGAGAAUGAGAAACCAUUUGAUGCCAUGAAUAACAUUGUAGCUAAUCUUCUGCUAAAUUUGACAAGCUCUGCCAGGUUUGAAGGUUCCCUGAACAUGGAUCUGAAUGAAAUUAGCAUGAAUCUUGUACCUUUUCCUCAGCUGCAUUAUCUGACAUCAAGUCUCACUCCUCUCUAUACACUAGCUGAUGUGAAUGUUCCUUCCCGAAGGCUGGACCAAAUGUUUUCAGAUGCUUUCAGUAAAGAUCACCAGUUAAUUCGUGCUGAUCCUAAGCACAGCCUUUAUCUUGCAUGUGCUCUGAUGGUGAGAGGAAAUGUGCAGAUUUCUGACCUCCGCAGGAACAUUGAAAGGUUGAAACCUUCUCUGCAGUUUGUUUCUUGGAAUCAAGAGGGAUGGAAGACCGGCCUGUGUUCAGUCCCACCUGUUGGCCAUUCCCAUUCUCUGCUGGCACUUGCAAACAAUACCUGUGUAAAACCUACGUUCAUAGAACUAAGGGACAGGUUCAGUAAACUCUACAGGAAAAAGGCUCACCUGCAUCAUUACUUACAAGUGGAUGGCAUGGAGCAACACUGCUUCACAGAAGCAAUUUCUUCUUUGUCCUCCCUCAUUGAAGAAUACAGUCAGCUUGAUGCAUCCAAAGGCAUACAUGUGCUGGAUCCUCCUAGAUUGAACAUUGUAUGA